AUGCGACGAGCCGCCAUGGCGCUCUCCAAGACUCUCCUUGCGGCUUUGCUGGCUUCCGGCGCAGCCGCCCUUGAGCCCAUUGUGAUCAAGGGCUCCAAGUUCUUCUACGAAAACGGCACGCAAUUCUUCAUCAAGGGCAUUGCAUACCAGCAGGACACCUCGGCCGCCGGAGGUGGUGUCCAGUCCGUCAAGUUUGUCGAUCCCCUCGCGAACCCCGCUGCCUGCCGACGUGACGUUCCCCUCCUUAAGCAACUCGGCACCAACGCCAUUCGAACCUACGCCAUCGAUGCCGGUGCCGAUCACAGCGUGUGCAUGGGUCUCCUUGAGGACGCCGGCAUCUACGUCAUCUCCGAUCUGGGCGAGCCUCUGCUCUCUAUCGAGACGGAUAGCCCCGCUGGGACUUUCACGACGAACAAGACCAACACCCCCGCCUCUGCCUACGUCAAGGCUGCCGUCCGCGACACCAAGGCCUAUGUCAAGGAGAAGGGCCUCAACUACUAUGUCGGCUACGCCGCCAACGACGACCCCGAUGUGCGUCGUGACAUUGCCCACUACUUCAACUGCGGCGAUGAUCAAACCCAGGCCAUCGACUUCUGGGGUUACAACAUUUACCAGUGGUGCGGCGAGAGCACUCUGGAGAAGUCGGGCUACAGCAAGCAGAUUGACUUCUUCAAGAAUUACUCUGUCCCAGUCUUCUUUGCCGAGUACGGUUGCAACAAGGGCUCUCAGGGAGCAGAGUCCCGUAUCUUCCAGGAGACCACGUUCCUUUAUGCCGACGAAAUGUCGUCUGUCUUCUCUGGCGGUAUCGUCUACAUGUACUUCCAGGAGGCCAAUGACUAUGGUCUUGUGGAGCUGAAUGGAAAUAUCGCCAAGCCCAUGAAGAACUUCGACCAACUCAAGUCGCGCAUUAGCAAGGUUGACCCCACCCUUAUCGACAUGGAUAAGUACACGCCUAGCAAUGUCCCCCAGGAGUGCCCUCCCGUCUCGGAAAACUGGGCCGUCUCUGGCGACAGGCUGCCCCCAACUCCUGAUGACAAGGUCUGCGAGUGCAUGGUUGCCGGCCUUAGCUGUAAGGCCUCGCCCUCCCUUGAUGAAGAAGACUACGCCGACAUCUUCGACUUCAUCUGCGGCACCCCGGGCAGCCCUUGCGCUGGCAUCAACGGUAACACCACCACGGGCAAGUACGGCGCUUUUAGCAUGUGCACGGCCGAGCAGAAGCUCGGGUACGUCCUCGACCGCUACUACAAGAACCAGAACAAUGCUGCCUCCGCCUGCGACUUCUCGGGUCAGGCAACCAUCGUUACCCCCACCAAAACCGACUCUGAGUGCAAACAGAAGCUCUCGGAAGCCUCGCAGGCGGCCAACGCUGGUGGCAGUGGCAGCAGCAGCUCCAACGACGACGACGAUAGCAGUGCCAUAACCAUGGUAGCAACCAGCGUGUACGGCCUGGUCGCGUUUAUUGUAGGUGCUUUGGUUAUGCUUUAA